ACCACUUACUAAUCAUUUUCUUUUUCAUACAGUUUUGUCUGACUGACAGAGGAAACUCCCACAAAUAAGAGGAAUCUUUUCUGCUUCUAUCACCAGUCAAUUCACCUCUCAUCAUGGCUAUAGUCCUCCACUUCAACCCUCUGCUGUGGACACGGCUGGCAGCCCUGGCUUUCUCCUGUGUGGCAUUCUCUGUGGCCGUGCAUGGUGCCAGGACCAUCCCCGGCACUGGAGACUGGUGCAUCUUCUGCUGGGGCUUCAGCUUUGCCAGCACUCUGCUCGUGAUUCUGGUGGAGCUCUUCGGCCUGCAGAUGAAAGUCCCUGUUUCCUGGAAGAACCUCCCUAUCACCUUUGCCUGCUACGCUGCCCUACUCUGUUUGUCCGCCUCUAUCAUCUUCCCACUCUACUUCCUCAAAGGUUCCAUGGGCCCCAGUACGAUCCGUGACUACAGCAUCAUGGCAGCCGUCUUCUCCUGCUUGGCUACCGUUGCUUACAUAAGUGAGGUGAGCAUCAGCAAGGCGCGUCCGGGCGAGGUGGUCGGCUACAUGGCCACAGGACCUGGACUAUUGAAAGUCUGUGAGACCUUCGUGGCCUGCAUCAUCUUCGUCUUUGUGACUGAUCCUGUGUUGUACAACGAUCACAAUGCACUGAAGUACUGCAUGGCUGUCUACUGCAUCUGCUUCAUCCUGUCAGCAGCCAUCAUCCUGCUCUGUAUAGGCGAGUGUACUGGGUGCUUGCCUUUCCCAUUCCCCCGGUUCCUGUCAGCCUAUGCCAUGCUGGCCGUGGUCCUCUACCUGUUAGCAACCAUCAUCUGGCCUAUCUUCAACUUUGACCCCAGGCACCGUGGGAAUAAAAAUAGGCCAUACAGCUGCAGCACACAACUGGGGUUGUGUUCGUGGGAUAAGGGCAUGACAGUGGCUGUACUCACUGGUGUCAACUUUAUCCUCUACCUGGCAGACCUGAUCUACUCCACCCGCCUGGUAUUUGAGAAACAAGAAGUAAAGGUAGCAGUAUGCUCCAAAUAAAACUGAAUUUGGUUACUUUGUCUAUGGAACUGCUGUCUCUUAUACUGCUGCAAGCAAAUGGAUACUUUAAUGGUAUCACUAGAGGACAAUCCAUGAUGGGAGGCGAAAAAGCAAACUUUAGCAUGAUAGCACAGCUGAGACAAAUCUUGUGUGUCUCUUUUGUUUGAAAUUUGCCCUGAAAAUAACAUGAUUUGAAUUUUGCUAGAACCAGACAGAAGGAGUUUUUU